UAAGCACCAAAUUGGUUGGGAUAACCUAAAAAGUUCUUUGCCAUAACCAAGAGUUGUAAUAUUUGGCCCCGAAACUUAUGUCACACGUUUACGGUUUUUCCGUGUGAACGAAAGGAAACACAGAUUACGGUCAGAAAUACGUAAAAAAGAUCGGUCCAUGACGUGGUAGGAGUGCAUGGAAAACCUCAAAGUUGAUGUCUCUUAUAUAUACUUGGUUUUCCACCUGUGUUACAAUCUUUUAUUUUAAGGUUGUAAGUGUUAGCCCCCUCAUGAAGGCAACUUUGAAGUACUUGACAGGAAUUGCUGGCCCAAGUGGCUAUGGCUCAAAGACAACUGCCGAUGAAGUUGCUCAGGAUUGCUUGUCUUCUAUGCCAACAUCUCACCAGCUCACUGCAAUUGUCACUGGCGCAACAUCAGGCAUCGGUGCUGAGACAGCAAGAGUGCUGGCCAAGAGGGGUGUGAGAGUAGUAAUUCCAGCAAGGAAUUUGAGGAAGGCAGAAAAGGUGAAGGAGAGUAUACAAAGGGAGAGUCCAGAAGCCGAAAUAAUCAUCUUGGAGAUAGAUUUGAGCUCAUUUGCUUCAAUCCAGAGAUGUUGUUCUGAGUUCUUGUCUUUAGGACUACCUCUUCAUAUCCUCAUAAACAAUGCCGGCAAAUACUCACAGAAGUUGGAAUUUUCUGAGGACAAAAUUGAGCUAACUUUUGCCACUAAUUACUUAGGUCAUUUUCUGUUAACAGAGAUGCUGUUAGGGAAAAUGGUGGAGACAGCAUCACAAUCCUGCAUCCAAGGGAGAAUAGUGAAUGUCUCUUCUGUGAUCCACAAUUGGGUAGACAGAAAACACUUUUGUUUCAGCAAAUUGCUCAGUCCAAAAAGUUACAACGGUACCCGCGCAUAUGCUCAAUCAAAGCUAGCCAACAUAUUGCACGCCAAGGAACUAGCAAGACAGCUUAAGGCAAGAAAAGCAAAUGUAACAAUCAAUGCUGUGCAUCCAGGGAUUGUGAAGACUGGGAUUAUCAGGGAUUACAGAGGAUUUAUCACAGAUUCUUUAUAUUUUAUGGCAUCCAAGUUGCUCAAGUCAACAUCACAGGGAGCAGCAACAACAUGUUACGUUGCAUUAAGCCCACAGACCGCUGGGCUUAGUGGCAAAUACUUUGCAGACUGCAACGAGAGUCGCUGCUCAGCACUGGCAAAUGAAGAAGCUGAAGCUCGGAAACUAUGGAAGCAAACACGUGCUUUGAUACACAGGCGAUUCCUUGUUCCAGUAGGCCAAAAUGUUAAGGGCUCUUCCACAAAUUAGACAUAGGUAUAGGCAUGUAAAUAAUAC